AAAGUCUGUGGGUUAUAAAUAGCAGAGACAACUUAGAGAACUCACAGCCAUUUAAUUUGUUCAAUAAACUCAGUUUUGAGAACUCUGUUUGUUUACAAAUAUGUCGUGUGUUGUAGCUACGAUUUCAAUUUGGAUGAUACUCGCCAUAUUGCUAUUAUUGGGAUUGAAAUUUCUGAACUGGAUUUGGUUAAGGCCAAAGAAAUUAGAGAAGCUUUUAAAACGGCAAGGUUUCGCCGGAAAUUCUUACCGGAUUCUCUACGGUGACUUGAAGGACAGAGCCGCCAUGAGAGAACGGGCAAUCUCCAAGCCUAUGAACUUCUCCAAUGAUAUUGCUCCACGUGUUGUUCCUUCUGUUCAUCAUACCAUCCAAAAAUAUGGCAAGAAUUCAUUCAUGUGGCUUGGCCCCAUACCAAGAGUGCACAUCAUGGACCCUGAACAACUUAAAAUUGUGUUCUCAUUGAUCAAUGAUUUCCAAAAGCCAACUAGGAAUUUGAAUCCCCUUGCCAAGUUGCUUGCGGAUGGACUUUUAAAUCAUGAAGGGCCAAAAUGGGUCAAACACAGAAAGAUAAUCAAUCCUGCAUUUCAUUUAGAAAAACUUAAGGAUAUGGUACCAACAUUCUACCACAGCUGUAACGAGAUGGUUAGGAAAUGGGAAAGCAUGGUCUCUGUAGAAGGAUCUUGUGAGUUGGAUGUAAUGCCUUACCUACAAACUAUGACUGCUGAUGUGAUUUCUCGAACUGCAUUUGGGAGUAGCUAUGAAAAAGGAAAAGAAAUCUUUAAGCUUCAAACUGAACUAGCUGAUUUGGUGAUUCAAUCUACCUUUGGGAUUUAUAUUCCAGGAUGGAGAUUUCUACCCACAAAGUCAAACAACAAAAUGAAGGAGAUAAGUAAAGAGAUAACAACUCUGAUCUUGGGUAUUAUAAAUGAAAAGGAAAAGUCUAUGAAGACAGGUGAAGCUAUCCAAACUGAUUUAUUAAGCAUUCUUAUGGAAUCCAAUUUGAAUGAAAUUAAACAACAUGGGAACAAUAAAGACAUUGGAAUGAGCAUAGAAGAUGUUAUUGAUGAAUGCAAGCUUUUCUAUAUUGCUGGUCAAGAAACUACAGCAACAUUACUAGUUUGGACAAUGAUAUUGUUGAGUUCAUACUCAGAAUGGCAAAAGCAAGCAAGAGCAGAGGUCUUUGAGAUCUUUGGUAACAAGAAACCAGAUUAUGAUGGUUUAAGUCGACUAAAAGUUAUAACUAUGAUCUUGAACGAGGUUCUCAGGUUAUACCCACCAGUGAGUAUGUUUGCUCGUUUUGUUAAAAAAGAAACAAGACUUGGAAAUUUGACUUUGCUAGCAGGAGUGAUGUUGGGCUUACCAACUGUUCUUAUCCAACGUGAUCCUGAGUUAUGGGGAGAAGAUGCAGAUGAAUUUAAACCAGAAAGAUUUUCUGAGGGAGUCUCUAAAGCAACAAAAAAUCCAGGUGCUUUUGUACCAUUUGGUUGGGGUCCUAGAAUAUGCAUAGGACUAAACUUUGCGAUGAUUGAAGCCAAAAUGGUAUUAUCAAUGAUCCUACAACGCUUCUCAUUUGAGCUUUCAUCAUCGUAUACACACGCUCCCACUGUCACCAUGACAACGCAGCCUCAACAUGGAGCUCAUAUUAUACUACACAAACUGUAGUUAGCUCCUUAAACUAAGUAUGCUUGCACAUUAUCAAAAGGCUAGGAAAGUUUCUGUGCUUCGACUAUGUAUAAUUUCAAAACCUUUGAGAAAAAGAUACCUACACAUGGUCUCAACUAAAUACCCUUUUCAGUGCUCACCAGCUUCUACAUAAACAGUUUCGAGGGUAAUGGCAUCUACUCAUUUUUUGGCUUGAGAUGAUUAAUGCUUGUAAUUUUACCAUUUAUGUCAAAGUUAAAGUUCACAAAACAAAGGAGGCCACUGUUAGAGUUAGACUGUACUUUCACUCCUUACCAUCUGAAGGGCAAGUCGAUACACUAUAAAUAAUAUGUGUUCCUGAUUCAAAAUAGUCAAA